AUGUGGUGCAGCUCAUUAAAUACCACCGAGCCAUCAAAGUUUCCUCAAGAAAGCUCCAUAGAUUCAUAUCUGUCGUAUGGCGGUGGAAAGCUGCCAUCGGGUUUCAUUCUUCAACACAAUUUCCAACAAAACCCAAACAGAAAUUUGCUGGUACCUCAGCCUCAAAUCCAGUACUACGCUUGGGGUAAUCCGACACAAGCGAUGAAUUAUAGAUUCCCACAUGCGUCUUACAUGGAUCCAAUCUACGGGCAUAUGCCUUAUACACCUCAUCCACAACAGCUGCUUCCAAACGCCGGAAAAAGCGUCAUUGUCACCAAAUACAACAAUGCACGUCAAUGCAAUGAGUUCCUGGCCGAGGAAAUAGAAGAGCAAAAGAAGCGAAACAGUUUACUUAUGCAGCGUAUUUCAGAAAUACAGAAAGAAUUGAAAACAGUGAAGGAAAGCACUGCUAAACUCUACAAUGAAUGCCGGUCCGUCGAUGAAACAUGUGAAAGAUUUUCCAAGCAGCUCGACGAGGAGAAAAGAAAAUUGUUGGAGACUAUCGAAAGAAAGAAAAGCGACAUUUCAAAGGUUAAAGUUGAUGCUGAGUUGGUGGCAACUCUGCGAGAGGAGAAAGACAGAUCUCUUUUGGAAAUUGCGCGUCUCCGUGACGACGUCAUUGAUGCUGACAUUGACGUUGAUAAUCUAACGAUUGAAUACCAGUAUGAACUUGGUAAAAUGGUUAUAUUUCCCUUCUGGAAGCUGGAAGAGGAAAUUGAUAAAGUUCUUCCUCAUUGUGGUAGAGGAUCCUGUGUUGAGGAGAGCAGAAAAGAGCGAGCUGCAGACACAUAUGGUGGCUGUUUCUCUCAAGAAAAGUUCGCACCAGGCUCUAAUGAGAGCUCAGAGCAAACCACGUUGAACGACAGUUUGGAAAGAAACUCGGCAGAAAAUUCUAAAGAACUGUUAGGGAAAAGCUCCCAAGAAAGCUCACAAAAUGAUGAAACAUCAGUUGCAUCACAAGUAACCGUCAUAAAAGUCAACAUUCCGGUGGAACAUAGUCACUCUGUCGACAAAAGUUCAACAAUCAGUGAGUGUGCCUCGAACCAGCUCAGUCCACCAUCUACUGAUGAUGUUUUCGUGGAAACUGGAAGUAAAUAUGUUGAAGAUUUUUCAUUUCCUCACAGCAAAGCUCAAACAAAACCGGGAAGGAAGAUUCGCAAAACCGGUCGCUUUUCUCGAUGGCUACGGAGCCUCUGCUGCAUAUCGAAAAGAAACAAGGACCAAUGA